UAAUUUUUGCAAACGGGCCGCAUCUCUCCUGUGCGGGCCAACCAAGACGCAGAAACAGCCACCCGGCACACAGACUUUCAUGAAUUUAUAUAAAGGACGUUUCACUGUGUCAUAUGCAAAUAGAUGGGCGCUUUUGUUAGGCCCGCCCGCGCUCUCCGAUGAAACCCUUUUUGUGCCCAGUGCUCGUCAUUACGCUCAUAACUUCAAGUAUUAGAUAACUCUUACGAUGUAGUAUAGAUACACAAGACAGUCAUUACAACCGGAACUGUGCAGCGCGCACAUUUGGUGCUGAUUGCUGGACAAAACUCGGCCUAGAGCCGGGGCUUGGAGAAGGACUAAUCUUAACUUCUAAAUGUCGAAUCCGGACAUCCUCAGAUAGCAGCUGAGGUCUGCAGGGAGGCACUGGAAAUGGCGUUCAAGACCAACAAAUCGAGCCUCUUCGAGGCUGGCGCAUGCCAGAUGCUGCUAGAAGACGAUAGACUGGGCAUGUCCGCUGUGGCCCAAAAGGUCAUGCGCGUGCGCAGCGGCUCCGUGAGCGGGCUGGCGUCACCCGGACUCGCCAUCUCCUCUCCUGGACUGCUGCCGCACGCCUCGGCAAGCGGCCUCGUGCCCACCGCGGCGCCGCCCAGCGGCCUACGGCGGGACAUGUCACCCGCCCGACCGCUCAUGCGUCACAGCAUCUCCGGCAUCGCCUCCACCCCCAGCCCCAGCCGUCCCGGCGGGCUGACAGCCUACAGCAGCUACAGCAAGGAGGAUGCUCUUUCAGCAGCAGCCGCAGCCGCAGCAGCAACCGUGUCAUCUGCGAACGCUCCCCCAUCCGCCCUGCUGGGACCCACGUAUUCCGCACCGGUACCAGCAGGUACAACCACGGCGUCCGGGGCGCCGGGCUCGCCGCUGCCCCCGCGCCAGACGGCCUUCCGCACCGCGCAGGCGAUGUCGGGGCGGCUGCCCGACGUGAUGGCGGAGAGCGCUUCCGCUGCAGGCCUGGCGCUUGGCGGCUGCGAGCAGCAGGUGCGCCCGGCAGCUCCUCUCAGCGCCUCCCCGGGGCGGCCGCUGAUGUCGACUUCACGCGGCGCGUCCUUCAUCCUGCCGCCGCCCGCCGCCUCUGUGCCCACCCCCACUGCCCCGCUCUGUAAUGGCAUCGGCGGGGCCGGCCGGCCAACACCGUCUGGGUCCAUGCACCGCACCAGCGCUAGCGGCGCCUUCGGCAGCGCCGCCGCUGCCAGCGCCAGCCUUGGCAACCCAGCUGCCAGUCUGUGCGGUGGAGGCGGCGGCAGUGUCGGCAACAGCGGCCCAAACUCGCCCAUGCUGCGCGGCACUCCGAGCGUGCUGCGCUCGCGCCUGUCUGCGGUGUCUGAGGGAGCGCUGCUGGCCGCGCGGCGCAACGUCGGACAGGCGGGGCGCAUUGCGGCUCUGGAAGCGGAGGUGGAUGCGGAGCACAGCAGCAGCGAUGAUGGUGCCGGCAGCGACGCCGAUGACUUGGGGGACGGACCCCUCGACGGACUUGUCAUUGAGCCGGUUCGCGCGCCCGGUCCGUCCGUGCCGCCAGCUGGGAUGCAGCCGGCGCUUUCGGUGCGGCGGGCGCUGCUUGGGUCCGUGAUGUCAGUAGAUAUGGCGCCCACAGGGUCAGCAGGAGCGUCACCUCUCCGCUCCAAGGGCCAGUGCUCUUCCGUGCGCACAGUCAGCUUCAGACCAGUAGUUCCGGGCGAGGCCCGCGGUCCUGGCGGCACCAUGGGCAGUGCUGUCGCUGUCCUCCGGGACCCCGCUGCUCCGGGCGCCAGUGGUGUGGCUCUGCCGCCGCUGGUGCCCAGCGCCGCCGCCGCGCGACCUCGCAGCGCGGCGCUCCCCACAGCAGCAGCCAGCAGCCCGUCGCCGGAGUGGGCGUGGGACAGCAACGACGUGGCGGACGGCGUCGCCGCGUCAUCGCCGCGCGCCGGCGGCGCAACGCGCGGCGGCAACGUUACCGGUAGCGGGGUCGACAGCAGUGAUGAUGACAGCGAUGGCGACGCCUCUGACGCUGCUUCACGCCAUCAGCAGCACAUGGCCCAGACUGGCGGCAGCAGCAAGCAGCUUGAGCAGCAGCAGGAGGGGCCGCUGGACUGGGGGCUUGAGGAUGGCGGGCCCGCCGCAGCUGCCGCGAAGGAAGACGACGUGCCGACGGCGGCGCAAUGGCGGCGGCUCAUGGUUAGCGCCAAUGGCGACAGCUUCGCCACCAAGGCCGGCGGGUCGGAUCGCGAAAGCGACGGUGCAUACAACGUCAGUAUGAGUGCGCUACGCCAGGCGGCGGCGGCGGCGGCGGCAGCGGCGGCAGCCGCCGCCGGGCUGGGUUCUGUCGGGGCGGGUGGUGAAGAGGGCGCGUCGGGGAUGCUGCUGGUGAAUGACGACCUGGCGGACCCUGUGCUUGACGGCAUCGACCCAAGCCGCAUGGAGAUGCGCCGACACAUGCAGCGCAUCCGCAUGAGCCUGAACGGCGCCAGCGGCACCGGGCCGCGCGCUGCUUCCGGGCCGUCGCGGCGACGAAUGCUGCUGAGCAUGAGUGGCGCUGUGGACAUGUCCGCCGCCGCCCCUGCCGGCCUCACAGCAGCACCCUCCAAUAGCACGCCCGGAGCCGCCGCCGUCGCCGCCACUGCUGCCGCCGCCGGCGCCCAGGGCCCAAGCGCUGUCAAGAGCGGGGGCGAGAGCGGCGCACCCGCCAGCCCGCCUCGAUCGGCGCUCGCGACUCUGGUGGACCAGGCUUUGAAGCUGCCGUGUGUGGGGCUGGAGCGGCUGCAGGACCCGGACAAGCGGCUCAAGCUGGUGCAGAAGCUGGAGGCAGCUGCGGCAGAGGGGCCGGCGAGCAUUGCUAAGGUGCUGUCAAGCACGCGCCCAGGCGGCGGCAGGUGGUGCCGCUGAACGCCAUCUCUGCGGACCGGCCGCAGAAGACGAUGGGUAUCGCUGGACAGAGGUGCUGCCGGUGCCUUUGACGAUUUAGGUGGCGUGCUCUGGCAGUCUCCUCAGUAGCCUUGGCGCUGGCGGCAGCGGCGAAGCGGCGGAAACGGCGGAAGCAGUCCAGCCCGGAGAUGCGGGACAAGCACUGGAAGGUGAAAUGACAAACAGGACUCUGGCGCAGGUGGAUCAGGCAACCACGUUUGCGCUCCAGUCGAGCACCUAAACUUUCGAAGGACAUUGUUCGUUCCCAUACGUUUUUUAUUCGCACAUCGGGCACGUGCGUGGCGCCUGGAACUUCCUGGAGCCAUCCUUGGUCGUUUGUGUGGAUCCCGAUAGCAGUGAAUCAGUGUUGUAGUCCGCGCGAUUGCUGGGCUGCUGUAAUACGCACCCCUGGCCCUCAAGCUGGACACGGUCGUGUGCUCUGGCGUGCGCAGGGUUUGUGGAUGCUGCCACGAGUUGGGGUGGAAGCAACCUGGAAAUUCGUCUAGUGUGUGGGCGCUUGAAGGUGCUGGAAAGCAUUGUGAGCGGGCCUACACCCAGCACACAUCCUCAACUUCCUUCAUGUUGCUGUUCGGCUCUGGGGUAGGAUGGGGAUGGGGGAGAGUUGCUCUUCUAUAUGGCGCAUGCAUUCGUGUUCAAAUGGGACUCUGUCCAGGGUAGCGGAACAUUGAUUAUACGGUAGUGUCUGUGUUCUGGGAGUUGCAAACGCUGCAGUCUGACAGGAUCAAUCCUGGUGUAGGAGGCGGUAGUGUGGCCACUGUUUUAGAAGUAGUAUGGCGGCGCUCAACGGCCAGGCACGGCCAGACACGUGGUGUGUAUCACUGCCCGUGCGGGGCGAUGUCUUCGUGUGGUAAUUCUCUGCAUAGCAGGGGUGCUGCAUAGGCGUGGCGGCCUGUCCUGGUGUCCUUUGGUGUGACUGCACAGGAAUGGAAAGCUUCACGGUGACGGGGGCGAGUAGGGCACGGAACAUCUCGGUGGCAGCGCGUGCACCAUUCUCGCCCAAGGGUGUCCCGCCUCGCUCGAGUUGCGAUGAGGCGGGCGAGCACGGUCCUGUGAGAUUAUCCGUUUCUUCGUGCUAGCUAUAUUCACAGGACUAUACUCUACCUAUUAGAAUAUUCACACGGCUUCCAGACACCAAUGUGUGUUACUUUAAGCUCUGCGAAUUCGCCUGAGGGCCUCCGCUCGGGCACUGCCCUCAUCCCUUGAUUAAUGAGCUUCAUUCGCGCCUGUACAUCUGCCUGGCUGCUGGGGAACUGAAAUAACCCAGGUAAAUUUAAGUCAU